UCAUCGAUUCUAGUAAGACGUGAGCGAGUCGUGACAGGAUAGUGCGUCCGGCUUGGUACUACACUGUAGUAGCUGUCGGUUUUGGCAUUUGAAACACCAGAGCCGACCAACCCCGGUCAAUCUACCUUUGACGGGGAAAGACUAUCAUCUCCAAGCCACUAGACCAUCCACCGUACCUAGUUAUUGCUUGCUAUUUGACUACCAGGUCCUAUCUGGAGAUACCAUCAAUACUUGGUAGGAAAAACCACUAUAUGGCCACCUCUCAGAUGCGGGGUGCAAACCAUUUCCAUGUUGCUUGGGUUAAAGGAAGGGUAAGUGCCAGCCUUGCUGAAGGCUGUAAUGUGGCAACAGAAUCAGGACGUCCAGCGCGGCAACCAAGUCGCAGUCUCAUUGGACCAGGUUGACUGGCGGUUUCUGAUCCCAGGAGUUUCCAAGGUCACUCCGUUGGUCGCCCGGAGACCUGGGAUGCCUUCCUGUUGGGCUUAUCGAGGUGAUGGUGAUGAUGUAACUUAGGCCGGCUUCAAAUUGAUCGACCUCGUA